AUGCCAUUUUCGUGUAUGCAAUUACUAGGCAAAAAAGGUUUUGUUUGGCGCUGCUUGCGCGCUUUAUUGGGCAAUAAGUCAUGCGACAACGCAUUAAGGCAACGUUCGCUGCCGGCAACGGAACACGCUGAGGCUUCCUAUAAAAGCCGCUCGGCAGUUUGCAACGUUUUCCAUUUGAAGCCAUCGCCGAAGACUUGCAACGAAAUGCUGCGCCACGUGCUACGCAAUGAGAACAAUCGAAUUUUUGUGCUCAUUCUUUUAUACUGUGUGUUGGUCAGUUUGCUGAAAUUGUGUAUGGCGCAGGCGGAUAACGCGGUGUCCUCCAGUGAUAAUGGUAAACUACAAUAUGAUAUUGGGCAUCUUGGUGACGAUUGCAAGGUGACGCCCGUUAUCCAUGUGCUGCAGUAUCCUGGUUGUGUGCCGAAGCCGAUUCCCUCAUUCGCCUGUGUGGGUCGCUGUGCAAGUUAUAUUCAGGUAUCGGGCAGCAAAAUCUGGCAAAUGGAACGAUCCUGUAUGUGCUGUCAGGAGUCGGGUGAACGCGAGGCUGCCGUGUCUUUGUUCUGUCCCAAGGUAAAACAUGGCGAACGAAAGUUCAAGAAGGUGCUCACCAAAGCACCGUUAGAAUGCAUGUGUCGCCCUUGCACCUCAAUUGAGGAAUCUGGCAUUAUACCGCAGGAGAUUGCCGGCUACUCGGAUGAGGGUCCACUCAACAACCACUUCAGACGCAUUGCCCUACAGUAG